UAUAAAGAGCCCCUUUUUGGCCGCACUUGCACAUUUUUCAGUGAUACUUCUGAACAUUCGCGCACCUCCUUGGACUAAAUUGCACAGAGGACCGCCGCAACGAGCCAACCUAUGAGCAGGCUAUGCAUUCGCCAGACAGAUAAUUUAUUAACUUUCAGUCAAACCUCCUGCUCAGAGCCACACUGGACGCGCUUGUUUUUUUUAUUUAUUCCCAGCUCCUUUUGCAUAAAACCACCUCUGAGGGGAUCAUACAGGAUUAGACGCAUGUCAUUGAUCCCCUGCCUUCUCUAGGAUAAGGCAAGGAGCGGCGCGCAUCCGAGAGAGGGGAUUAUAACGGGAUACAGGGAGUAAAAGGAGCAGAAGAAAAGUUGCAUUGCCUCGUUUCCUCGCACCGUCAUGCAGAGCUACAACUUCUUAUUGUGCUUGAUGGUGCUCAUCUCCCUGGGACGGUCGGGGAGCGACGAGCCCAACCUGCUGCUUCCUUCGGCCAGCGAGACGCCCACGGACGCCGGGCUGUCUCUGCUGGACGAGGACGCCGGUGCCCACGAGUGCUCCGCCUGCGUGUGGAGGGAACAGAGCAAAGUGCUGAGGCUGGAGACCAUCAAGUCCCAGAUCCUGAGCAAGCUGCGUCUGAAGCAGGCGCCCAACAUCAGCCGCGAGGUGGUCAAUCAGCUGCUGCCCAAGGCGCCGCCGCUCCAGCAGCUCCUGGACCACCACGACUUCCAGGGAGACGCGUCGUCCCAGGACGAGUUCAUGGAGGAGGAUGAGUACCACGCCACCACGGAGUCCGUGAUCACCAUGGCCUCUGAGCCCGAGCCCCUGGUGCAGGUGAACGGCAAGCCGAGCUGCUGCUUCUUCAAGUUCAGCCCCAAGCUGAUGUUCACCAAGGUGCUGAAGGCCCAGCUGUGGGUGUACCUGCGGCCGCUGCAGCAGACCUCCACCGUCUACCUGCAGAUCCUGCGGCUGAAGCCCGUCACGGAGCAGGGCAGCCGCCACAUCCGCAUCCGCUCGCUGAAGAUCGAGCUCAACUCCCGCGUCGGCCACUGGCAGAGCAUCGACUUCAAGCACGUGCUGCAGAACUGGUUCAAGCAGCCGCACACCAACUGGGGGAUCGACAUCAACGCCUUCGACGAGAGCGGCAACGACCUGGCGGUCACCUCGCUGCGGCCUGGGGAGGAGGGGCUGCAGCCGUUCCUGGAAGUGAAGGUUCUCGAGACGACCAAGCGCUCCCGGCGAAACCUCGGCCUGGACUGCGACGAGCACUCCACGGAGUCGCGCUGCUGCCGCUACCCUCUGACGGUGGAUUUCGAGGCCUUCGGCUGGGACUGGAUCAUCGCGCCCAAGCGCUACAAAGCCAACUACUGCUCCGGCCAGUGCGAGUACAUGUUCAUGCAGAAGUACCCGCACACCCACCUGGUGCAGCACGCGAACCCCCGAGGCUCCGCGGGGCCCUGCUGCACCCCCACCAAGAUGUCCCCCAUUAACAUGCUCUACUUCAAUGACAAGCAGCAGAUCAUCCACGGCAAGAUCCCGGGGAUGGUGGUGGACAGAUGUGGCUGCUCCUAGGCUCCAUGGGCAAACACAGGCUCGCGUAUCGCCACCACCGCAUCAAAGUACCCGAAAAACCCUUACGGAGCUCUUCCUUGGCACCAGAACCCACUCCUUGGCAUCAGAUUACACCUUUGCUCAGCCACACAAACAUCCCACUGGGUUUCUAUUUUUCCAGUAAUUAAAUGGAGUCUAAAUGUGAAAAAAAAAAUUAUAAAUGAAUCAAAAAUAGACUGAGUGAUGGAAAGAUACAGUGCAUUACAAAUGAUUUAAAGAGGUUGUGCCUGUGGAGCAGCUUCAGGAAAUGGUAAAUAAGACAAAACUAGAGUAUGUGUUAGUUUUGCGUUUAUUUUUCUUUGUGGAAUAUCCAGGUUAGUGGAUCGAGAUAACAGGAGACGCGAGCAUUUCCAAUAUUUUUAAAGUAAUUUCAGGCUUAAAGUUUGGCGACGCUUCAUUUCACUCACACACUCACAGGCCAGAGAUUGCAUCUGCAGGCUGUUUGCAAGGGGGUGCGAUCAGCGGCGCUUUGCAAUUUAUCACUUUAACAAAAAGAGCAAAAUCCAUCCAGCGUGAUUCACCGUUAGAAAUACACUUAGUAAAUAAUUUGUUUACAAAUGUUGUUGAGAUGUGCUACAGAGAUGUUACGUGUUGUGGAGAUUCAAAACCAAACCUAUACCCUCUAUUAAUGUAUAACACCCCAGUGUGACAUUCUUGAGUAUCUACAAAACCUUUUCACAGGAACUUUGAUCUUUUUUAUUUGUAGUCUUGUAAAACUCAAAAAGUAGAAAAAGGAGGUUAUAGCAUUUCAGCUCUUUCAAAGUGGACGAUUGAAGUCUGUUAAGAUACAGAUUCGGUUCCGACCUGCACACUAAAUUGUGAAACGCAGCUGUUAUGUAGAUGCUGAAGCCGCUCGGCGCCGUCUGAGAGCGGGAGGAGAGAGUACAUGUACAUAUCGCAGAGCCACUUCACCGGUCAAUGGUAGUUUCAGAAACGCUAAGAUGCAAAAUCCUUUAACUGCAGUACUGUACUCCUAAAUAACAGCCUUUAAAAAAAAAAGUCACAAGAAACCACCCGAAAGAAAAAUCAAGAAUGUAACUCAGCCACCGACGAGCGUUUUUGAUCGCAUUGUGAAAUGCCCCCAUUCACCUCAGCCUCGGCUGCAUCAUCAUCAUCAUCAUCACCAUCAUCAUCAUCGGCACUGUUACGGAGAAAAUAUUGUUAGUGCUUGAACGCGGCGUAGAUUAGUAUGCGUGAAGUCUGUCUUUGUCUCCUGGAUGUCACAGCAAAGAUAUCCUUGUUGUAAACGAAAGCACUAUGCUGUUGGAUAAAGGAAGAGCCUUCUGACAUUAUAUAUAAAUGAUAUAUGUAUAUAUUAAAAAAAGGGGGCACAAAAACCUUUUUGGGGGCACUCUACCUUACCAACAAUAAAUUUUGCACUAUGGGACGUUCACGGCGUGAGGAGUUAAAGAGCUUGUACAGUAGAGCAUUAAAAGACUAUUCAAGCUUGUGACAAACCGUAAACUAGAGGGGUUGUCGCUUCCUUCCGAUUCCGUCACGCUUUUGCCGACUCUCGCCUGAAGCGGGGGCCUGUCCAUGCGCGCUUCGAUCCGACCUGGAAAAACCCCGGACGUGCUGCACCCGCGGCCUGAAAGGCCUCCUCGCCCGCGCCGCUGCGACGAGUCGCGUGUGAAACUAGCGUCCGGUUGUGACCCACGUAGAACGCUUUAACUGGAGAACGGCCCAACGCCCAGCGAGCCCGUAGCCCGUAACCUUAGAGACGCCGCCGCCGCGUCCCGCUUCGCGUCCCGCUUCGCGUCCCCUCCACUCCAACCUGCUUUGGCCCUCGUGUUUCUGCGGAGCGGCGUCCGGGGGUCCGUAGCCAAAGUAGAGGACAUGUUGUUUCAUUUCAGAGGCAAAUUUAGGGGCAGUGAUGGGAAAUAAUUCAACUAGUCAUUUGUCUAUUUAUUAAUAUUAACUACAAAGCAUUUCAAAGUCUGUCUACCUCACCUUGCUUUUAUCAAUUUGUACCAAGCAGCCAGAGCUCAACGCCCCCUCUAGAGACGCCGAUGAAGCCACAGUGAGCCCUUACUCUCAGGUCCAGAUCGAGGUACUGACAGUAGUGUCUCUGUAAUGUGUGGUCAAAGGAAAUAAUUAGCUGCGUCCACAUCUAUGGUUAAAGCUGACCUUUAGUGUUUGUAUACUGGUAUGUUUGAGAGUGUUUCAUAUAAAUAUAUGAGAGGAAGAAAUCUCUAUGUAAAUAUUUACCCAAAUGUUGACCUUUAUGACGUUUUGGACAGGUUCACCGCUUCUAAUAGUUCCUCACUUCCCCCCUUCAUCCCUCUGGUCUUUGUAAUGGAAAAAAAAACACCAUCCCAACUUUGUAGUUUAACGGUUGUGCAUAUGAAUCACUGUUCGAUUGUUAUGUUUGCCUUUUGUUGUUUAUUUACUGCCAUUUUUCUUUUGUACAAUAAAUCAUUUAUUUAGCUUAAAGUG